UAAAGUAAUGGUUUGUAAGCAAUAAAGAAAGUCUGGACAUACAUCCUUCCACGCUUGCUCUCUAUGGAUUGCUGUUGCUGCAAUCAAAACGACGGAAACGAUUUCCUCACCGAAUCUCUCAUUGCCACCGGAUCUUCCGAUCAAUCAACAACCACCAUCUCGCCAUUGAAUUCUCACUUCAUGGCACUUACAUGCCGUGACACACUAGGCCUUAUCUUCCAGAGGCUCACCGUCGCCGAUCUGGCGCGUGCGAGAUGCGUUUGCAGAGUUUGGAACUCCGUUGCCACCGAGAACGAUCUGGUGGCGUCGGCUUUCACGGCGCCAUGGCUGAUCAAGGAACUUGUGGGAAAACCGGCUUCAGGUGCGUUCUGGAGAGAUAACGGAAUCUGGAAAUUCGCCAUCUCUCAUCGCAUCUCUCGUGGUGAUAGCGUGACUAGCCUCGCCGUUAAGUAUUCCGUUCAGGUUAUGGACAUAAAGCGACUAAACAACAUGAUGAGCGACCAUGGGAUUUACUCAAGAGACAGACUGCUUAUUCCAAUAAGCAGUCCUGAAAUUCUCGUUGACACCACUUGCUACAUUGAGGUAGACAAGUACGCCAAACGUGAAGUAGCCGUGCUUUACCUCGAAGGUGGACCAAAAAGAGAACAAUCUGCAUCUGGUAUGAAUCAUCUGUCCACUCUAUCAGCCCAUGGAAAGCGGAGGCUAAUUGAAUCUCUAAGGAGAAGCAUGCAAGUCGAUGAUGAAACUGCGCUGUAUUACUUGGCUAUCGCUGAAGGAAAUCCAAGAUCCGCAUUGUCUGAGUUCUCGGCUGAUCUCACGUGGGAGAGGCAAGCUAGUCUCAACUAGGCUUGGCAAAGUAAAGCUCUUGUAGCUCCAGUAUAUAAGAUGUUAUAGGUUGAGAGUCGAAAGGAGAUUGAUAUAAUUUCCUCAUUUGUGGGUUUGGUGACUUAGAUCAGUUCCGAACCUCACUCAAGUCCAGAUAUAUAGUAGCUGUUCGGUAGCUUGAAAUACUUUGUCUUCCUAUAAACAAGAUACAUUAAACUAUGUUAGUACUGAUAAGUACAUAUAUACAUUCAA